AUGUCUCGUUCACUGAGCACGCAUGUCCCGGUGGGAAACAAAGACUUCACUAAUGCAACCGUUGUCAUCAUCGGGGCCGGCAUAUCUGGUAUAUGCAUGGCAAUUGAUUUGAUCAAAAGAAACAACUGUCAUAAUUUUGUGAUUUUAGAACGGAGCAGCAGCGUUGGUGGUACCUGGAAUGACAACAAGUAUCCUGGCAGCUGCUGUGAUGUCUGGAGCACGCUUUACAGUUAUUCUUUUGAGCAGAACCCAAACUGGACUAGAGAGUAUCCGGGGCAAGAAGAAAUCCAUAAAUAUUUGGUUGGUAUCGCAGAGAAGUGGGGACUUUACAAGCACAUCCGAUUCAACUCAACAGUAGAAGAGGCCCAUUGGGAUGACGAAGAAGCCAAAUGGAGAAUCAAGCUCUCUCUAUCUGGGCAAAAAGAUAGCGAGUUCUCGAGCGCCUAUGUUAUCAAUUCCGAUUUCCUUGUCUCCGCUGUCGGACAGCUAAACCUGCCCAGAUAUCCAAACAUACCAGGGCUCGAUGAUUUCCAAGGAAAAACGAUGCAUUCCGCUCGAUGGGAUUGGACCUACGACCUCUCUGGAAAACGAAUCGCCAUCAUCGGAAACGGUGCCACCGCCGCCCAAAUUGUACCCGAGAUCGCCCAGGUUGCUUCUCAUCUGACUGUCUACCAACGAACACCGAACUGGGUCAUACCUCGGAAUGAUGGACCGGUUUCCUCGUUCCAAAAGACCUUGUUCAAUUGGCUGCCUCCACUUCUGUGGCGAAAGCGCGCUGCUCAAAUGGAUUUCCGUGAAAGCUUCUACGAAGCAGUGGCAGAUAAAGACUCCGAUUUUGCUCAGUGGAUUCGAAGCGUGACCGCAAGUGCAUUGAACGCCCAUCUGCCUAACAACCCGGAGCUUAGGAAUACCCUUACUCCCAAAUACGCGCCUGGAUGCAAGCGAGUUAUCAUCACCGAUGAUUACUAUCCCGCUCUUGCUCGGGAGAAUGUCAAUUUGGAAACAAGAGAAAUCACAAGCAUCACCGAGGCUGGCAUUGAAGUCGAUGGGGAGGAUGAGCAGGAAUACGAUCUCAUUGUACUCGCUACCGGGUUCAAAACGGUGGAGUUUAUGCAUCCCAUCAAGAUCUUUGGCUCAAAUGGCCGUUCUUUGGAAGAUAUUUGGAGCAAUGGCGCAAGGGCGUAUAAUGGUGUGACUGUUGAGGACCUGCCAAACUUCGGGAUGUUCUAUGGGCCUAAUACAAAUCUCGGUGAGUUCUACCUUCUGUCUCAACCUCGAUGCACAGAUUCUAACAAGCUACAAGGACACAAUUCAAUCAUCUUGAUGAUCGAAGCUCAGUCCCGGUAUCUCAAUGCACUCGUUGGUGAAGUGAUCAAAGCUCGCCAGCGAGGCAAAACUCUGGCGCUCAAGCCUGGGCCUGAAGCCUUACAGGCUUUCAAUGACAGGAUCCAGUCUACCCUACAGACUACCAGCUUUGCGGAUCCCAAUUGCGCCAGUUGGUAUAAGCGAGACGAUGGCCUGAUUACCAAUAACUGGUGCGGGACUGCUGUGGACUACCAGAUUGAGCUCUCCAAGGUCCACUGGCCAGACUAUAUUGCGGCGGGUACUGACGAGAGGCGAAUGGUGGCGAAAGCUGAUACCAAAAUUGGCCGCGUGCAUGAAGGAUCCAUACUAAGUGAUAGAUCUCUUCUGAUGGGAGCUAUCGGUGUUUUAUCAGCGGCAGGCUAUCUUGUCGCUCGGUCCAAGUUGUUCAAGGCGCAUUGA